CGUUAAACAAAAACAAAAAAUGGAAUCAUCAAAAACCCCAAUAAGAAAAUCAAAAAAUUUUUUUUUGUUCUUUUUGCUUCAUGUAACUACGGGUGACUCCAUUUUCUCUUUCUAUUUCUUCCUUCUACUCCGCCUUGUUUGACCUGGUUUUCAUUUUCACUACAAAAAAAAAAAACCAAAUUAAAUAAAAAUCCCAAACCUUUAACAAAUUAGAAAAAGGAAAAAUCUGAUUUAUUAAAGAAUUUUCGUCUCUGAAUUUAGCAGAUCCGGUUAAAAUUUCUGCUAAAUUUAGAUAAAAGGAGAGUUAGGGUUUGGGUUUGGGUUUUCAUUAAGGAUGAUGAUAUCAAGGGGUUUAUUCGGAUGGUCACCACCACACAUACAACCGUUGACACCCGUCUCUGAGGUUUCGGAGCCGCCGGAAUCGCCGUCUCCGUACUUGGAUACAACAGCGGAAGCAGCUGCUGCUGCGGCGGCGGCACAGGUUGAGGCGGAGGAAGAGAUGGAGGAGGCGGAAGAGAUCGAGCCGCCUCCUGCCGCUGUUCCGUUCUCAGGACUCUUCGCCUGUGCUGACCGGCUUGAUUGGGCUCUCAUGAUUGUUGGAUCGCUUGCUGCUGCAGCUCAUGGGACCGCUCUCGUUGUUUACUUGCAUUACUUUGCGAAGAUUGUUGAGGUUCUUGGACAUCGUUCGGAAGCACCGGAGCCGGAGAGAUUGGAUGAGCAGUUUGAGAGGUUUAGAGAGCUUUCUUUAACUAUUGUUCAUAUUGCUGUGGCCGUUUUUGCUGCUGGCUGGAUUGAGGUUUCAUGCUGGAUUCUGACCGGAGAGCGGCAGACUGCUGUCAUCAGGUCAAGAUAUGUUCAAGUAUUAUUGAACCAAGAUAUGAGCUUUUUUGAUACUUAUGGGAAUAAUGGAGACAUAGUGAGCCAAGUAUUGAGUGAUGUACUGCUCAUCCAAUCUGCUCUUAGUGAAAAAGUUGGGAAUUACAUUCAUAACAUGGCUACAUUUUUCAGUGGUCUAAUUAUUGGUUUUGUCAACUGUUGGGAAAUUGCCCUCAUAACUCUAGCCACUGGUCCAUUUAUUGUUGCUGCUGGAGGCAUAUCCAAUAUAUUUCUUCAUAGGCUUGCUGAGAACAUUCAAGAUGCUUAUGCUGAGGCAGCUAGUAUCGCUGAACAGGCAGUCUCUUACAUUAGGACCUUGUAUGCAUUUACAAAUGAAACUUUGGCCAAAUAUUCUUAUGCGACCUCAUUACAAGCAACUUUGAGAUAUGGUAUAUUGAUUAGUCUUGUGCAAGGGCUUGGGCUUGGAUUUACAUAUGGGCUUGCAAUAUGUUCUUGUGCCUUACAACUUUGGGUUGGAAGGUUCCUGGUCACAAAUGGCAAAGCUCAUGGUGGUGAAAUCAUAACAGCACUUUUUGCAGUAAUUUUAAGUGGCCUUGGGCUGAACCAAGCAGCAACAAAUUUCUAUUCCUUUGACCAAGGACGAAUUGCUGCUUAUAGACUUUUUGAGAUGAUUAGCCGGUCAUCCUCUGGUUCUAGUCAGGAGGGGAACAUCAUACCCUCCGUUCAAGGAAAUAUUGAGUUCAGGAAUGUAUAUUUUAGUUAUCUAUCUCGACCUGAAAUCCCUAUAUUGAGUGGAUUUUACCUCACUGUACCUGCUAAAAAGGCUGUGGCACUUGUUGGCAGAAACGGCUCUGGGAAAAGCAGUAUUAUCCCACUCAUGGAACGGUUUUAUGAUCCUACAUUAGGGGAAGUUCUUCUAGAUGGAGAGAAUAUUAAAAAUCUAAAGCUGGAGUGGCUGAGAAGCCAAAUAGGACUUGUUACUCAGGAACCUGCCUUACUUAGUUUGAGCGUAAAAGAUAAUAUUGCUUAUGGGCGAGAUGCUACAUUUGAUCAAAUUGAAGAAGCUGCAAAAAUAGCACAUGCACAUACAUUUAUUAGCUCGCUUGAGAGAGGAUAUGAGACACAGGUGGGGAGGGCUGGCUUAGCAUUGACAGAAGAACAGAAAAUCAAACUUUCUAUUGCUAGAGCAGUGCUGUUGAACCCAACAAUCCUUCUUCUUGAUGAGGUUACUGGUGGACUUGAUUUUGAAGCUGAAAGAAUUGUUCAGGAAGCUCUAGAUCUCCUCAUGUUGGGACGUUCAACUAUAAUAAUAGCUCGACGGCUUAGUCUCAUAAGAAAUGCUGAUUAUAUAGCUGUGAUGGAGGAGGGUCAGCUGGUUGAAAUGGGUACACAUGAUGAAUUACUAGCCCUUGAUGGGUUGUAUGCGGAGCUCCUCAGAUGUGAAGAGGCCACAAAACUUCCAAAGAGGAUGCCAGUUAGGAACCACAAUGAGGUGUCAGCUUUCCAAAUUGAAAAGGAUUCUUCAUCGGUUCACAGCUUCCAAGAAUCAUCAUCUCCAAAGUUUAUCAAAUCACCAUCUCUCCAAAGAGUUCCUGGUGUAUUUCGGCCCCAAGAUGGCGCUUUUAACUUACAAGAAUCACCAAAAGCUUAUAGUCCACCACCAGAGAAAAUGCUGGAAAAUGGCUUGCCUGUGGAUGCUGGUGAUAAGGAACCAUCAAUUAGGAGGCAGGAUAGUUUCGAAAUGAGACUACCUGAGUUGCCCAAACUUGAUGUUCAGUCUACCCAGCGGCAGAAAUCAAACGGUUCAGAUCCAGAAUCUCCUGUGUCACCACUUCUGACUUCUGAUCCUAAAAAUGAGCGUUCCCACUCUCAAACUUUUAGUCGGCCUCACAGUCACUCCGAUGACAUCCCAGUGAAAGUUAAGGAAGCAAAGGAUGCGCAUCAUAGUGAAGCUCCAUCUUUUUGGAGGUUGGCACAGCUUAGUUUUGCGGAGUGGCUCUAUGCUGUGUUGGGAAGCAUUGGUGCAGCAAUCUUUGGCUCUUUCAAUCCACUUCUUGCUUAUGUUAUUGCUCUGAUAGUAACAGCAUAUUAUAGGCCUGGGGAACAUCAUCACAUACGAGAUGAAGUAGACAGGUGGUGUUUGAUAAUUGCCUGUAUGGGUAUAAUAACUGUUGUUGCCAACUUUUUGCAACACUUCUACUUUGGCAUUAUGGGGGAAAAGAUGACUGAACGGGUUCGUAGAAUGAUGUUCUCAGCAAUGUUGCGCAAUGAAGUUGGAUGGUUUGAUGAAGAAGAUAACAGUGCUGACACCUUGUCCAUGCGAUUGGCAAAUGAUGCUACAUUUGUACGAGCUGCUUUUAGCAACCGACUUUCAAUAUUUAUACAGGACAGUGCUGCUGUUAUUGUUGCUAUAGUAAUUGGGAUGUUGCUACAUUGGCGGUUGGCACUUGUGGCAUUUGCAACCCUGCCAGUUCUAACUGUCUCUGCUAUUGCUCAGAAACUAUGGCUUGCUGGAUUUUCCAAGGGAAUCCAGGAGAUGCAUAGGAAGGCAUCAUUGGUCCUUGAGGAUGCAGUGAGAAACAUUUACACUGUUGUAGCAUUUUGUGCUGGUAAUAAGGUAAUGGAGCUCUAUGGACUGCAGCUGAAGAAAAUAUUGAAACAGAGUUUCUUUCAUGGAAUGGCAAUAGGGUUUGCAUUUGGCUUUUCACAGUUUCUUCUUUUUGCCUGCAAUGCUCUUCUCCUUUGGUACACCGCACUCUCUGUUAAAAGAGGCUAUAUGGAUCUGCCUACAGCUCUCAAGGAGUACAUCGUUUUCUCUUUUGCAACUUUUGCACUGGUGGAGCCAUUUGGACUGGCACCAUACAUACUGAAGAGGCGGGAAUCUCUCACUUCAGUGUUUGAAAUUAUUGAUCGAGUCCCUAAAAUUGAGCCAGAUGAUAACUCAGCAUUGAAGCCACCUAAUGUCUAUGGAAGCAUUGAGUUGAAAAAUGUUGAUUUUUGUUAUCCUACACGUCCAGAAAUGUUGGUAUUGAGCAAUUUCAGUCUUAAAGUUAAUGGGGGACAAACUGUUGCUGUUGUUGGAGUUUCAGGAUCUGGGAAGAGUACCAUAAUAUCUCUGAUAGAGAGAUUCUAUGAUCCUGUUGCAGGUCAGAUUCUACUUGAUGGGCGGGAUUUGAAACUCUACAAUUUGAGGUGGUUGAGGAACCACUUAGGUCUUGUUCAACAGGAACCCAUUAUUUUCUCAACUACUAUCAGGGAAAACAUUAUAUAUGCAAGGCACAAUGCUAGUGAAGCUGAGAUGAAAGAGGCUGCAAGAAUAGCUAAUGCUCACCAAUUUAUCAGCAGCUUGCCUCACGGUUAUGACACACACGUGGGUAUGAGGGGUGUGGAUUUGACCCCAGGACAGAAACAAAGAAUUGCUAUUUCUCGAGUGGUGCUGAAGAAUGCUCCUAUCUUGUUAUUAGAUGAAGCUAGCUCGUCCAUUGAAUCUGAGUCAAGCCGAGUGGUGCAUGAGGCACUUGACACUCUUAUAAUGGGGAACAAAACUACCAUUUUGAUAGCCCAUAGAGCUGCAAUGAUGAGGCAUGUUGACAACAUUGUAGUACUUAAUGGUGGUCGAAUUGUGGAGGAAGGGACACAUGAUUCUUUGGUAGCAAAAAAUGGCUUGUAUGUUCGUUUAAUGCAACCUCAUUUUGGCAAGGGUCUGCGUCAGCAUCGGCUGGUUUAGGUUGGCUUGCGAUUGAUGGUUACUUACAUUGGUUCUUCUGUACAGUACUCGUUUCGCUUAUUUGAAUUGCUGGAACUACCACGACAUGCAGACUUCACAGAAUCGCUUGGUUGAAAAAUCCAGAAUCAGAAAGGACAAAUGGAGAUGAUGCAGCUUGUAAUGAUGUUCUCUAUGGAUUAGUGAACCAAAGAGCAUGUGAGACCGAUCGAGGGUUAUAACAAUGUUUAUUCCGGCGAGUAGGCACAGCGGCGGCUGUAGUUACAUUGUUUAAAGGUAGGGCUUAGAAUUUAGGGGUUUGGGAGUUUGGGUGGCUGUUGAGGGAUAGAUCCAUAUUCUUUACAGACAGGCAGCAUUAGAUUGGGACUGUGCUUUGUCUCCAUGGUAUAUUAAUUUUGUUUGUUGAUCAGAAAAGGGUUGAGAAUUUUAGUCCUAUUGAGGUGUGUUUCUGGGAUUUUCCUGUUUCAGGUUUUGCCCCCUGAUUUCUAUGAAUUUCUGCAACUCCUCUCUCACCAAAGCUUGAAUGAUGUAUGUGUUUGGCUGUAAAAUUUUCAACUUUUGAUUACUGAGAAAGUUUAGAAGAGGAAAAAAAAGUGUUGUAAUCUCUGUAAAUAAGUAGGCGGAUAAUUUACAAAUUUUUUUUGCUUUGCCAUUAUUUCUGCUACUUAAGUAAUGUUCAGGUACUAGUCUUUAAUAUUUUAUAUUGCAGCAUAGAGAUAAAAGAGAAUA